AUGGCUACCACAAAUUUUCACCGUUCCCCCCUAUCUGAUGUCGUGCGGGAGCUUGAUCCCAACGCACCACCUCCAGCCCCCCUUGAUCUCCUAUCAACAGUUUCAUCCCUUUUUGCGCGACGGCAAGAGAAGCUUCGCCAGGAGGAACUUGCUCUUCAGGACGCAGAGGAAGAGGCUAGAUAUGUUGCUGCUCGAGCAGCUGCGCGCAAGAGAAUAGAGAAAGAGGCAGAAGAAGAGGCAGAACUGCUGGACAGACUGGAAAGAGCCCUUGUUAUCACCCCUCGAAUCAAGGAUACGGAGCCUUCCAAAGAAGAGAUCGAAGCUCUCGUCGACAAUGAAAUUGCCAAGGAAGAGAAAGGACCCGGUCUACGUCGGGCCAAGCACGAGACAGCAGAGGAGUAUGAAAAGCGGAUGGUUGCGCUCGAGUAUCGUGUUGACUGUCUCGACAUCAUUGAAAAGGAACGCAAGCAAAAGGAGCCUGUUCACUACGUGGACGGAUUUCCCACCAAUGUUGUCAUUAUAGAUCGCCAUGUUCGCCCUAUCCCAGAGACUCCUGCGGGCAACUUUUCUUGUCUUCAAUGUGAGGUUCUGGGAAGACGGUGUGGACGUAGGAGUGACAACGAACGCAUCUGCGAGCCUUGCGCACGGAUUGGGAGACGGUGUCUGGUCAAGCAUCAAUGGACGCAGGAAAGCAAGCUCUUAAAAUCGUGGAAGUUUGCUAAAAGUCAACGUUUUGGAUACGACAACCUGAAGGACGAGAGGAGAAAAUGGGUGUGGAGGUUGAGGCAGAAGAGGAACCCCAAGGGCUUUCGGCCUAUGCCAGCGUGGCCAGUAAAGAAGGGCUCGAAUGUUGAAACUGAUCAGCAAAACACACCUAAAAGGUGGCAAGACUACUUGAGGUCUACUUGA